GCUCUUGCUACAGGAGGCCCGGGACAACCGACUGCUGUCUGCCCUCUCUGGUCACUCUGCCUAGCUUGAGGAUCUGUCACCCAGCCAUGAGGACCCUGGCCCUCCUCGCUGCCGCCGUUCUCCUGGUGGUCCUGCGGGCCCAGGCGGAGCCACUCCAGGCAAGAGCUGACGAGCUUGCAGCCCAGGAGCAGCCUGGAGCAGACGCUCAGGAAGCCUCUGUUUCCUUUGCAUGGGAUGAAGGUGCCGCACGUCAGCUUUCAGGCUCAGGCAGAGGCGCACGCUGCGUUUGCAGAGGGGUAAUCUGUUUUUUCGGAGAACGCCCAUCUGGGUUUUGCGGAUUUCUUCGUUUAAGAUGCUGCCGCUGAGCUUGCAGAUGAAAAUAAGCUCAAAAUUUACUUUGAGAGUUAAAGACAUCCUUGUUACUCCUGCACUGUUUCCUCCGUUUCCUUUCCUCAUCCCAAAAUAAAUGCCUUCU